CUUGUACUUAAGUUGUUUUAGUGUUAGUUGUUACUUUGGAACACUUCGCCGCACCAAUCUCUGUGCUCAACUAACCUUAAACCCCAUCUCUCCCCUAAUCCCUCUCUUUCUCUCUCUCCUCUGAUUGAAAAACGCAGUCACUUGCACUACUGGAAUUGCAGGCUCAACAAAGGAGUGAAAUUUCAGUAUUACUUUGUCAUGGCUGUAGCAGAAAAUCAUGGGGGCAUAUCAACUGCUCUGAAGUUGGUGGACAUUGAAGGGAAGGGAAGGGGUCUAGUUGCAUCUCAGCCGCUUAAAGGAGGACAAAUUGUUCUCCGAGACUCCCCCAUCCUCACCUACUCCUCUUUUUCUCUGAAACAACGACAAGGGGCUUACUCUCGAUAUUGUGCUCAUUGCUACAAGCUCUUGGUCUCAGGAAAUGGGACAUUGGCAUGCCCUUCAUGUUGUCAUCCCGACGAUGCUAUCUUUUGCAGCUCUAAAUGCCAGUCCUCGGCCCUAGUCUUCUCACACACACCAUGGGUUUGCCAAUCUCUUAGUUAUUUAAGAAAUUGCCCUGUACUAGUUGACCAACAGCCUGAGGAUCGCCAGAUCCAAGCUCGUUAUUUGGUGGCUGCAUUCAAUCUUGCUAUGGUUUCUCCUUCCUCCUUUCAGACUCUGAUAUCACUUGAUGGAGGUGGGCCCCAGGGUGCAGAGAGAGAUUCUAAUGCUGCUAUUUUUCUACACUCCAUUAUCUCAUCGCUACCUUUUCCCAAGGGUCUGUCUGCUCCAUCAGUAGAAAUUACUGCGGCUCUAUUGUCCAAGGACCGGUGUAAUUCCUUUGGACUCAUGGAGCCUUUUUCAGAACAUGGAGAAAGAUCGGUGAGAGCAUAUGCUAUUUAUCGAAAUGCUUCAUUCUUUAACCACGAUUGCCUGCCAAAUGCCUGUCGUUUUGACUAUGUUGAUGGUGGAACUGAGGAAAACACUGAUAUGAUCAUUCGAAUGAUACAUGAUGUUCCUGAAGGCCGGGAAAUUUGUUUGAGUUAUUUCCCGGUCAAUCUAAGUUAUUCUCAAAGGCAGAAAAGGUUGCUAGAUGAUUACGGGUUUUCUUGUCUUUGUGAUCGAUGCAAGAUUGAAGCUAAAUGGUCCCAUGAGGACGAGGAUGAGGAUGAGGGUGGUGAGGAUGAAACGAUGGAACAAGAGGAGGAAAUGUUACCGUCAGAUGGGGAGAACAAUGAGAUUGAGCACGAUGGGGAUGAUGAUUUUCCUCAUGCUUACUUUUUUGUGAGAUUUGUGUGUGACAAAGAAAAUUGUGGAGGCACUUUGGCUCCUUUGCCACCCUCUAACUAUAAUAACACAACUAAUGUCAUGGAGUGUAAUGCGUGUGGCAGUUUGAAGAAAGAAGAGUUGUAGUAUGAUGAGAGCAAAUUAUUCCGGAGAGGAAUGAGCAGGUUUUUGGAGCUGAUUCUGUCUUGCGUAGCAAGACUUGGAAUGUAUGUUUAUCUAGACCGCUGAAGCUUGGCAUUGCAUGCCCUAGGACAAGAAGUAAUUUAUUGUGAAGAACCUGAGAUUGAGAAUUGCAGCUUUAAUCUUGAUUUAUCGGCCUAUUAACACAAGUUAGCCAAAGUUUGUCAAUAAGGAAGUGGUUCCCCCUUCUGAGGCUAUAGAAGUCUGAAUUUAUAUUGUUUGCUUUAUUUUUAGUAGUUAGAAGUCUAUGAUCUUGAAUUCAACAGUGUUACUUUUGUAUGCAAUCUAUGCAUGGUAGUUAAAAUUGAUACAGUGAGUUUUUUAAGAAUAUGGCAGUAGAAUAGCUAGAAUAUAAUGUAAUUUUGUGAGUUUUGAAUAAUAAUAAUGCGGAUGAAUAUUUAUUUUCACCAAUAUAA